UUCUUGAAGUCUAAUAUCAAUUCAAGACCUACAAACCAUUGGGCUCAGGUCAGCGAUUCUUGGGCUUCCUGAGUUCCUCAGACACAUAGGGCCUACACCAUCCACAUCACCGUCGUUUCGAUUUCUUAGCUAAUUCUUGGUUUCAACGAUUCAUUCAGCUCUGCAAAUGAUUCGUUCGUGCAAAAUGUGCAAGGUUUGAAAAGGGUUGUAGAGAUUUUCCGGAGAAGAAAUGAAAUUUGAUAGCAUUUAUCUCAGCCCACGGUUUCUUGUUCUGGUAAUCGCUGUGACGAUUCUCCACCGAGUCAGUGGGGACUCGGUGCCCGAGCUGUGUGAACUCAGCUUCAAGGACAGCAACAAAGUUUACCACUACAGCUUGGUCUCUCCACUGCGUAAAUUUCCUCACGGAAUUCUCAGCGAAGAUGGGUUUUAUAAGGUGGCAGCUAAUGGGACUGUGCUUUGGUUUCAGCUUUGCGGUUCGAUGAUAUUCAACCAUGACCCUCCUAUGUGUGUUGACUGUAAGGAUUGUGGUGGUUCCUCACGCUGUGGUAUGGGCUGCAGUGCACUUGUGUCUAACAACGUAGAAGGUUAUCCUGUUUGUACAACUAUUGGUCAGCCUUCAAGCACAGUCAUUGAUGUCCAUGAUAGAAAGAGUCCCCACACUGGAGUCAUUGUUAAGAUGACACAUACAGGCUCAAAGCGUAACUGUUCACUCUCUGUAUCAGUUAUAUGCAACUCAAAUGGAGUCCAGGGUCCUCAAACGUUGGAGACUGUUGGGUUCUGUGAUUAUAGCACCGAGCUGAAGCAUCCGUUAGGCUGUGCGAAGAUUAUAUCCUCCCAUGGAAACGGAUUGGGAUGGUUUGGUACCUUUAUGAUCAUAAUAUUAUGCCUCUUUGGAGCUUACUUAUUGGCUGGUGCAGUUUACCGGUACUACUUCCUGCAUAUUCGUGGGAUAGAUGUGAUUCCGAACUUGGAGUUUUGGGCUAGCUUACCACACAGAAUACAGAGUUUCUUCCUUUCUUUAGUGCGGAGAUUCAGAGGACCUUCGCAAGGCUACAGGAGCUCGUAUUCUCCAGUCAACUUCUGAGCUGUACCGUCCCACAUCACUGUAACGACAAAUCUCUGAACUAGAUACGUACACAUUAUCAAAACUCUACGAGCGUCGCACCAAAUUCAUGUACGAGCAGUGCCCUGUAUGAUGAAAGUUAUUCGCUAUGAUUUCUGAUACUCGUCUGAGAGAUAUCUACCCGACAGUUUGAUUCUCGCACAAGUUAGUCGCAUUCUUUGUAGAAGCAUAUACACUUUGCUUGAUUGCUUCGUUCUUAUUAGGGUCUUUUACAAUUAGCCGAUUUUAGGUUUGUGUUCAUAUAUGAGCUCAGAGUUCCCGGAAUUCCUUCUUGUGCUCGUAUCGUCAUGGAUGAAUCGCAACGAUAGCCUAAAGAUGUAAAACCCCCUGUUUCUGGGCUGAGAGACGUUGCGAAAUUUUUGACUCUGCGAUGUGAAUUAUUUCUAAUUUAUUGGUGUAUUUAUUAAAUUCUCAA